UUCACACUUCCUGGUUCCGGUAAGCGAAGCAGUGUAUCACAACAUCCGGUUCAAUGCAACGCAGUAAGAAAGAAUGGCUGAGUCGUCUCAUCGCUGUUAUUGCAGCGUUCCCGGCUGCUCAAACUCAAAACAACGUCACCCUUACCUCAGUUUCCACGAUUUCCCGAAAGAUGAAGAACAGAGGAAGUCAUGGGUAAAAUUUAUCAGACGGGAUGAAGGUCCUUUGUUUCAAAUUAAACGCGGGAGUACGUUCGUGUGCAGUAUGCACUUCAAAGCGGACGAUAUUUACACUACCAAAAGUGGAAGGAGGAAGAUAAAUCCUGGUGCUGCACCUCGCCUUUUUUCCUGGAAUGACUGGAGUACAGACCGAGUUACACGUGAGUCACCUUUUCAACGGGCAAGUACUCGGCUUGGUGUUGAUGUUCGUGUUGACCGCACUGCUCCAGCCGUAGCUGUGCCGAUACUCCCUCAAGCAGACCACGACUAUGCAUGUCAACCAUCACCUGGACAUUUGGAUGCUGCUGCUCAAAGAAUCAGAGAGCUAGAGGCCAAGAUCAGACACUCUUCACCGGGUCAAUAUCUGACCAAGAAAUAA